UACACAACAAGGUGGACUACCUCCAGGACGAGAACCAAACGGCGCACAUCAGCACGACGGCCCGCUAAAUCGGGGGUCAUGGCGGGGUGGCAGAGCAAUGGGCGGUAGAGGGAGGGGGCGCGGGGGAGAUUAUAGGUACGGCAAUGGCCGAGAUAUGGGGAAGCCACCCUAUGAGGGGGAUUCCUCGGCUGCUUAUGGCUCAGAAUAUGCCGUGCAAAUUGACCCUAGCCCUGCGGAUGAUCCUGGCAGCCUUAUGGAUACUUCUGAGGAGCUCCCGAGCAUAGGACACAAUGGAGGUGGUCCAGGAGACGUAGGGCGCAUGCAGAGAGUGGGCGACAGAUGGGUCUUUGUUCGAGCUGAAACAUCGGGAGUCGCAUAGCGCGGCACAUCAUAUUCACAGUCGUAACUAUACUUGCUCAACAUCUGCGGUGUGUCCCAUUCCCGCUAAUUCGUAGUCAUAUCCGUUUGUUUGUCUUGCCGUUUCGUUGGUGUAUACUAGGCGCGCACGAGCGGCCGUGCGCGUGGCUUGCGCAUUUUCUAUGAUGUAGGAGAACGGGCUGGGCCAGUACGUCAGGUAGCAGACGGUGGCUGACCCCAUCCCAAUUAUACUACCGACUAUCACGUCUUCCUUGUGGUGUCUCU